GUUUGCAAGCCGGACAGGGAUAUGGAAAUACACUCAACUGCGUUCUUACUGUGUACAGAAAUGAGUCUGUGGCUGGCUUCUUCAAAGGCAUGUCCUUCCCGCUGGCCAGCAUUGCUGUUUACAGCUCAGUGGUGUUUGGUGUCUUCAGCAACACGCAGAGGCUGCUGGGCCAGUUGAGGCAUGGGGAUGCAUCCCAUGCACCAGCACUGGUGGAUGUGGCUCUUGCCAGCACAGUGGCUGGGUUCAUCUCCGUCGGCAUCGGCACGCCUGUUGACCUGGUGAAGAUCAGGCUGCAGAUGCAAACGCAGACAUACAGCACAGCCGAUGUUAAACUGAAGCCUACAGUUCCUGGCUUUCCUGUGUAUCGAGGCCCUAUUCACUGCUUUAGGACAGUCCUACAGAAAGAAGGGAUAGCAGGGAUAUACCGAGGCAUGGGAGCGAUGCUGCUGAGGGAUGUUCCUGGGUACUGCCUGUAUUUCAUCCCUUACACGUUUUUCUGUGGUUGGAUUACCCCUGACGGAUGCAUUUCCCCUAAUCCUGCUUCCAUCUGGCUUGCAGGGGGUGUUGCAGGAGCCAUUUCCUGGGGGACUGCCACUCCAAUGGAUGUUGUGAAAAGUCGGCUCCAGGCUGAUGGAGUUUAUCUAAACAAGUACAAGGGGAUUCUUGACUGUAUCUUGCAGAGCUACCAGAACGAAGGGCUAAAAGUCUUUUUUAGGGGCAUCACGAUCAAUGCAGUACGAGGAUUUCCAACGAGUUCAGCCAUGUUUCUUGGCUAUGAACUUUCUCUCAAAGCAAUGAAAAGAGACCAAACUGAGACCAAUCCUUAACUUCCAGGUCAGCGCAUAAAGACCCUCUAGUUUUUUCCAAAAAUUAGAGGAUUAA